AUGGUAUGGUCUACACCAUUCCAGCUCCGGAUCUUCCCCUGUCAUGUCCAACAAAACGUGCCCCAGCAGCAGCAGCAGCAGCAGCAGCAGCAGCAGCAUCAACAACAGCAGCAGCAGCAGCAGCAGCUGCAACAUCAUUCCGCAGCGACGACGAGCAAAUCCUAUCCGGCACUCGUCGUCCUCGACAGUGAUGCCGCGGCUGGUGGCGAUGGUGGUAUACUUUACCCUUCUGGCAACAGCAACUUUGGCCAUGCCGUCCCACACGGUACUACUAGUCAGCAGCACAACUACACACUCUGCUACCCUCACUAUCCACCUCCUUCCCCUUCGGCGGGCGCACCGGGCUAUUCUGGCUCGUCGGCCCCAAACCCGGCCACCGUGAUGGUACCGCGAUCCGCCUCUCCCCUGGCCAGCAGUUCGCGUACGCACACGCACACGGUACUCCUCAACAGCACAAACAGCAGCGGCAACGAUACGACUAAGAAACUGAACCGCCUUUCCACUUCCUCCUCGCUAUCGAUCAUCACACCACCUACGACACCGAAGCGGCCGGGCGGUAGCCACCGUACAGCGGCGGCCGGAACGGGCAGCGGUUCCACCGGUCGCCUGAAGAUGGCACUGAGUGCGUCGUUGGCGCACAACUUCAACCAAAAGCUGGCCAACCUGAACGAUAAGUGGAACGACUUCAGUUUCCUGCUGCUUCAUAAGGCAGGCGGUGGUGCGAGCACGGGCAAUGCGACCGGUGGUGCCAGCGGGCGCACGAACGCGCGUAACGAUUCGUACCACUCGAUCGAAUCUGCCGUCACGUGUACGGCGGCUGACUUCGAGGCGGGCAAUUUCUAUCAUCGCGAAAGCGAAUCCGAAAGCAAUCACGAAUUCCGUACCACCCACCAGCAGCAGCAGCAGCAGCAGCAGCAGCGUGAACCGUCCGGAGGCCGCUCGAUGGCCGGACCAUCCGCGAGCCGAUCGCGCGAUCAACGUCAGCGCAAACCAAGACUGCGCACGUCACGCCGAAACAUUGCCAGCGGCGAUCCGAAGGAGUUCGACAUGCUUGUCCUAAAACCCAUCGACACGGCAGAUGAUGAUAAUGAGAGUUUUUAAGGGAGUUUGGUUAACCGUUUGGUGUUGAGAGAGGGGUGAAAGCACACAAAGCAGAUGAAUGGGGGGGAGAAAGUGGUGGAAAGGGUGGAAGGACACGCAAAACAAUACACAAACAAAAACCCGUUAGAGCACGAUGGACGGUUCGAUGAUGGGGCAUAGGAUUGGGUUAGGCUUAGCUCGUUCGUGUAGAUAGCAUUCAAUUGGGUUUUUUUCCCAAGCGGGAGAUAGCGAUUAAAGAUUUAGUUUAGUUUAAGAAAAUGGAGUAAUGGAGAUUUAACUUCAGUUUCCCAUUACAAACCAGUGAAGGGGGAUCAUUGCGUUGCACGUAAGCAAAUCACAAGUUAGCCAAACUUAUCACCUCAAGCUUAUAGUUUCUAAUGGAAAAGUGUUGAUUUCAGUUCGUUUGAUUUCAAACAGUUCUUUCAGUAGGAUAACAUUACAAGGUUUUUUGAGAUAAACGGGGGGCAAAAAUACUGAACCAGUUCUACAGAAUACAGAAAAGGCUUCAUAUUUUGCUAGUACAUCUCAAAGAAUCCCGCAGUUUGCUCAUCAAGAGUCUAAUUUACCAUACCAAACCAGCAAACACAUGAACUUACACGGCUGUAGCAAACAUACAUUGCAUGCACAGCCUUUUUUCCUUUUCAAUUUCAUUUCUAAUCGAUUUCAGUGUGAAGCCAACGGCUUUGAGGCGCAACCAUAUUAUUGCAAAAAAACGUUAGUAUUUGUUUUGUUUUUGUAGUUUUAUAAAAAAAAUUAAACAAUUUGUUUCUUACUCUUUUAUCACCCGCAAACUGUGAGACUUCAUUUGAAGAGAAAGGUUGGCGCAUCAUUACGUUGAGAUUUCCGUCCGUGUUGAGUACGGUUAUAAGUGUGGUGGAACACAAAAGCCUGAGAAAUCUGUAACGGUUCAACCAUUAUUAGUGCUGUUACGAACGCGUCUAAUCCCAACGCAGUGCAGCAAAUGCAACCAACCAAUUGGGGUAGAUAUUGUUUAAAGCAAACCCUCUUUAAGCGGGCCUUACAGACAUGACGCAAGGAACAAAAUUUAUUAUUAUCUUUAUGAAGGAUUGAUUUGCAAUAAGUUAGGUGAUGGCCAGCGAUGGCUGCAAGUAAAAAGGUGAACAACAAUUACAGCCGAAUCUCAAUAGGAAUGUUUAAAAUAAGGUUGAGAAAGACUGCAGAUACCGCAACAGCCCAAAUAAUUAUUCCAACGACGAGCAAAUACUCUGCCCUACAGCUGACACUCUCUACCGUAGCAAAGAAAAAAAAGGGUUUAAAAGGGGGGAAAGAAGGAAGAAAAAAACUUGUGAUGUAAAUGUUUUGUCUUCAGUUUCUGUAACAUUCAUUCGUUUGUCUUAUAGUAGUAGCUUUAAUCCACCCAAACCGUGCUAUAAUAGUUUCACAAUACAGGGGUACUUUUUUUUGGUUUACUUUAUUAGUUUAUUCACAUUUUAGUUACGGUUCAUAGGUUUGCAAUUGAUUUAGUUUCGUACUCACAAACGAUUGUAAGGGGAGAAGAUACUUUCCAAUUAAGUGCUAGCACGAGUGUCUCCAUAAAUUCAUAUUUAUUGUAGGCUCUUAAACAAAUAAAUAUUAUUUUUUAUAAAACUGCUUUUACUUUUUUAUUAUUUUAUUUGUGUUAAUAAUUUUAUUUCGUAACCUUUUUGUUUUGUUUUACAGGUUAUAACCCUUAAAAGCACUCGCCCCUUUUCACUGCUCCAACAUCGAAUCGUUCUGCGGCUUGUGUUGCUGUGUGCCCGAUUUCGAAUCACGGAGGUCGUCGCAAAACUGUAUACCCAUUAACUAUAGGAAACUACACUAACUUUUACUCGGAUACACAAACAGACACACACACACACGCAAAACGUCAAUUCCAAAACUAUUCUGUCACAGUGACAGGCAUCGAGCGCGAGAUACGCAUGGGUAAGGGACAGCCCAAUUAAGGUAAAGGAAGGAAGGUCGAUUUGAAGUGAGCGAGGAACGCGUGUGCUACGGCUUCACGUCUGCUCGGUGGCGACGCAAGGGACAAAGGCUUGAAACAGUUGGACCGACUGGGGGGGGAGGAAGAACAACGGAACGGUGCAAGGUAUUUUCUCCUUGCAGUCAGCAUCUAAUUAUACAUAUAUAAAUAUAUAUACAGACAUUAGAUAUAAUCGAUAGGUAGUUACACUAGCAAAUAGCCACCAUGUAAGCCUAGUCACAUACAACAACAACAACAAAACGUUACAUCUUUUGCUCGAGUAGACAAAUUUCCAAACCAAACACACAUUCUUCAUGCAGGUAGUAGGUGUACAUACAGCUAACCCUUAGAAAGGCCACGAUGGUAGGACGGUUUACACAGUGCCAUCGGCUGGGAGUCAGAGUCAGCCAGCAACUUUCACGAUGGUUCAAUGCGAUAGAGCGAUAGGUCUUAUUAGUACUAGCGUUAGCAGUGGCGAGGUAGCGCCCACAUUCUGCUCAUUUACUUAUAAACACACACACACACAAAAACAAAAACGCUAACAAAAAUCGAAUCGAAAGGAAGGAAGUGAUGAUACUGAACUCUUACUAAAUACUAAUUCCAACAUUUACGAGUAGUGUAGAAAACGAUAAACAAAAUGAUUAAACAUUAGCCGAAACAAAGGCCCCCCGAACAGACACUGCUUGGGGGACGCUGCCCGCCACAGUACAGUCACUUGGAACAACGGAGACUCUAUUGCCUAGAAGCCCCCAAAAACACGUGGGGAGCAUAUAAGCGCGACAAACAAAAAAUCACGUUACGUUAGCUUCCAACAACAAAAUACUCACGAUCCAACAACACUAUUGUAGAGUAGUAGCGUAAGAGGAAAAAGAAAGAGUGGAGAAAAACUGUUACAAAAACCAGCACGGCAAGGGGAGAAAAAUGGUUUGAACACGAGCAAACAAAAAAAGAAAAAUCCAGAACCGUAAAAGACUGACAUUAUAAGUGGGAAGCGUAAGCGGUGAACUAUUAAUGACAAGUGUACAAGCAAUCUCGGUGGGAAAACAGAAGAGAGGCGAGCCACGAACCACGGUCGUACGAUCGUCGGGUGAUGAAGCGAACCGAAAGCCAUCAUCCCAUCAUCAACCAGAUAGGGAGGGAAAAACGCAAACACAAAAAUCGGCGGAAGAUCUGUACAUAGAACUACGUUUUCGUUUGCCACCCAAUAUUUGCCAUCAUUCCGCAUUAUCAAAACUGUGCACACAAAUGAUACGAUCUGGACGAUCGCCAGAUCCAGAAGGGUGAAGCAAGUUGAGCUAACAAAAUUAAAGUUUAAAUGUGAGAUUUGAGUUUAAAGUUUCUGGUAAGCAAGUUAAUCAGGUUUUGAUAGGCGAAUGUGUGUGUGUGUGUGCGAGGGGAAAGAAUGUCUUCUAACGAUGCGACACAACUCAACCGAAAACAACGCCGCAGUUGUUUGUGGCAUGUGGCAUUGGCAGGGAUAGGGAGCAAGGCAGGAAAAACAUGCGAAAAAUGAUUAAACGUUAACGUUCCAAGCCAGGUUAACCUGAGCCAAUAACGGCAGCUUCAAUUUUUCGGUUACUGGAGGUCACAUGGCAGGACCGUGGUUCAAAUCCCAUCCAGAUCGCCUGCCCGUAUGGCAGACAGCCCCGUAAAUGGCAGACAGAGUGGCCGGUCUUCACAUGACAACACCGGGGUUCUAAUCCCAUCCGGGCGUUCCCCAGGAGUGAGGACUAAUUACCCGGCUACGGGGUAUCAUUAAGUAUAAUAAGCCAGUAAUGGCAGACAUGACCUAAGAGGUCGUUAGGCCAAGCAAGAAGAAGAAAAAGAAAUGGACCCAGAAGGAUUACGGUUUAGAUGUCAUCUGGUCCCAGUUUGAAUCGAAUUGAAAAAUUUCUACGGAAAUAACCUAAGCGAGGCGGUUAUACGGGAAGUGGAUGUCCAAUGGCGCCAAACAUUUAAAAAUCAGAAAACUUGAUACGCUACGCUCCAUCCAGAAACUGGCCAGCGAAUUUGCCGACCAUUCAGAACAAUCUAUGCCAAACAUAUUCAAAGAAUCCUUACAAAGGAUAGGCAUGUUCUGCGAUAAGCUGUUGAGUAUUGAGGAUGUGUCCAACUUCCACACAGAUUGCUUGCAUGGAAAAUUCCAGUCAAACUUGUUAUCCCGAAAAUUGGCUUGGUGGCCUCCAACGUGUCAUCCUGUUCUGAAGAUCGUGAGGAAAUAGGCCGAUAUUUCGGAGUUUUGAUGGACCAGGUAUUUCCCUUUGGUGGAGGCCGGGAUCUUCUCAGAAGAUCAAAACGAUGUUCUUCUUCAGGAUAGGGAGCUUCUUGAAGGUUAGAUAUCUUGAAGUUUUGGCAGGCCCGACCUGUUUGAGGGUUGUAAAAUGGUUAUUUGGGAAGCAUGAACUUAUUAAAUACUUCGGCCUUGUUUGAAGAUCUUUACAUGAUCUUUGAGAUGUGAGCAGAAGUCUCUUAGUAACGUGCGUUUGUCCGUCAAUGUCAAAGGACUACCUUCAAAAGACUUGUGUCUGAUUAGGUGUUGAGAAGCGACACUUCGCUUUUUUUCCUGCCUUGUCCCUCGAAGAAGGCAUACUUACACUACCACGGCGGCAGUAUAACGCUUGACGAUAUAUAGUAUUAAAAAAGACACACACACAUACACACGCUAGCAUUUCGUAAGUGAAAAGUUGUAAAAAGUACAAAAAAUCGAAAAAAGUCAACCAUACUAGGGAUAUAUGAUACCUACCAACGCAUAUUUAAAACUACUAGCGUCGGGUACUGUAAGCAGCAGUAGCAGUAGUAGUAGUAGUAGUUACGACAUCGUAACGCAAAGGCGUUACGAAACGUUAGCGAAAGGGAAAAGAGUAACAAUAUAACGCUUCCCGAACGGAAUUAUUGUGUUCCCAGUUUUUUUCUUCUGUUUGUUGUCUCAUUUCCUUCGCAUCUUGUUCGGCGUACACAAACAAGUUAAUCGAAUGAGAGUGCGUUUAGUGAACGAGGAAAUGAAUAAUUCUUUCUUUGUCCAGGAUACAGGUUUUAGUGUGUAAUGGGGAAUGGAAUGUGGAAGCAAAGGGGAAGAAAGUUUGAUCGCUUUACUAGGGUUUAAGUGCGUUUUCCCGAUCUUUCCGGUUUGUUUGUUUUUUUGCCGUUGGUCCCAUUUGGCCUGUGUACAUAGGAGAAUACUUUACAAUACUGCGCACACACAUAUACAUAUAUAUUUAAAACAAACUAUUUAACACGCAAAACCCGAACGGAAAAGGAAAAAUUUAUAAUUAUAGUCAUUCUUCACUAUUCACACCCGACCAUCAGAUGCAUGUAAAGUUGUUAAUGUUUGGUUAAAAAAAAGAAAAGCCUUUUUGAAUUACUCUAUAAUGCUGAAAAAAAACAUUAAAGAUAAAGCUUGGUGAUACGGUUUAAUUUUUGGCGUGUGCACGAGGG